AUGUUUAGAAAUAAAACACAAACAUUCACGAAGGAACUGCAUCUACAGGCAGAGCAGAAUAAGAAAGAUCUCCGGAUCCUGGCCAAGAGGACGCACGGAUUCUUCCUGUGGUCAAAAGCCAGCAGCAGCAUUGAUGCGCUGAGCUAUUUUGUGCUGUUUCAUCUGCAUGGCCAAAGAAUGAAACUGACCGGUAGAUUAGCUGUUUCUCCCUCCCCCCCCCUCCCUUUCUGACAUCCUGAGUGUUUCUGCUUCAGUGCUACAGAGCAACACCCCCCCCCCCCCAAGGAAUAUUAACUGACGGAAACGCUAUUCACUGGCUCAGCUUCCUCUGCUCGGCCAGGUCCCGUCCUCAGCACUGAACCAGGGAAUCCUGCUGCCACUGAAGCCAUGGGGAUGUCUGCAGAGGACAGCGUUUCCACCCGUCCCAGAGUGGGAAAAUGGCCAGAAUUGGAAAAAGCAGAGAAGCUGGCAAGAGGGGCUGCCUUGAAGUGGGCAUCAGGGGUGUUUUAUCAACCAGACAAGCUGGAUAGUCUUCCGCAGUACCAGAUUCGGGAGAUGCAGCGUAACAGGUUCAUCGAAUCCCGCAUAAAGUCCACUGCUCAGUCCUACCUGGAAGGCAUGAACACGGGCCUGGAGGAACUGCAUUCUGCCCUCGCCGAUGUCCAGCACAUACAAGAAGAACUGGCGACCAUUGAGAAGGAUCUCACAUCAUGCAUCGAGUCAUUUCGGAGCUUACGGGAGCUACGAGAACUGGGCACGAAGCAUGGCCAGCUGGAGGCAGUGGUCCAGAUGUUGCCCCAGCUUUUCUCAGUGCCUCAACUCAUUUCGGAAGGCUUCUACCACUUACAAAGCCAGAACCUCCUGAAAGCCCAUCUAGGGCUCAUGGAUCUGGAGAGCUUACGGGAUAGCAUCCUGUCCCAGUUGCAUAACCGCAGCCUGCUCAGCCCCUCGAAUCGGACCGACGUUGAGUCUUACUUUGGAGGCCUCCUGGAACUGAAUGAUGGCUUGGCACAGCAUUUGUGGCGCACAGUUGCCCAUGCCACAAAGGUGGUAUUGGAGGACCCAUCUCUUUUGGUGUCAGCCGUACGGAUCAUCGAGAGAGAGGAAACUAUAGAUGCCGCCGUGGCACUGAGGUCCCAACCUCAUGGCUUCCUCCCACCGGGACGCCCAAAACGUUGGAGAAGGAAAUUCUUCCAAGUUGUUCAAGACACUGUCAUAGCUUCCUAUUUCCAGGCUGAGCCAAACAAGACUCAAGGCCAGGGGCUUAGUAGCCACUUGGCAUCCCUGCAGAGUAGCAUCCUAGCAGAAUUAGGCAUCGUGAAAGAUUGGCUGGUCCAGUGCUGCCCUCCUCAUUACAACAUCCUCACGGCCUUCGCCACCAUGUUCCACCAAGGCCUAACCGAUCACCUGCAUCACAUCCUUACGUGGGAGCUAGAUAAACAAGAGAUCUUCGCUCUCCUUCACUGGUCAAUUCAUGUCUACCCAAGUUCUGAAAUGAUGGCUCACGCAGAUCUGCUUCCUGAAGUCGACAUCUCAACCUUGGCUCCUCUGCUUCCAGCAGAUACCAUCAGGUCUCUGGAAGAGUCUUACCUGGGGAAAGUACAGGCUAGCAUCGCAGAAUGGAUGCAAAAGGCUCUAGAAAUGGAGUUUGAGGAAUGGCUUUGGGGCAAAGAACCCGAAUCCGACUAUCAAGGCUUCUUCCAGAGCAACCUGCCUAUCAUUGCCAUGAAGAUGCUCGAUGAAAACAUUAGACUGGUAUCACUCAUCUCUGGUAUUCUCCAGCAGAAAGUUCUUGAAAUGGCUUUGGGAGAGUUGGAGGCGUUUUUGGGCAGCCUGUAUGAGAAACUGGUGGAAUUUUUUAAAGCACAUCAGCAAGAGCCCAUGGCAUCUAAGUACUACACAGCGAGAUUGUUGUCCACUGUCAACAAUUGCUUGGCUCUCAGCUCCUCCAUCUCAGCCUUGUGUGCUAACGGGUUGGCUCCUGAGGAGCCUGUCAGGAUGCUACCAUCUCUACACACGGCCUUAGAGAAAACUCAGAAGAAGGCAUGCCAACUUCUAUUGGAGGAGAUGCUGGCUGACUUGAAGCCACUCUUUGCCCAGUUCCCCUCUCGCCAGUGGCUGCUGGAUGACUGUCAGCUGAUGAACAACAUCUGCGAGGUGAUUGACAAGCAUGUGGAAGGUUUCGGCAGAACUCACAAACCUGUCAGCAUGUACCUGCUGUCAGAAGCUGAGCACCUGGUCAUGAGCCAAUAUGUGAAGUCCCUUUUGCAGAAACGGAUGACGUGUCAAACAGCCGAAGAGAGGAGCAAGAUGUCUGCAAGAAUGCUGCAGGAUACCUCUCAGUUAAGGGAACUCUUCUGUGCCCUGGGCUUGGAGGAGGACAAACUUUCCCUCCAAGUCAUUGCAGAUCUGCAGCAAAUCAUCAGUAUCAAGGACCCUUCUAUGCUUGGCCUGGAAGUGCUGGGAUUCAUGUCAAAAUAUCCUGAUAUCAGCGAGGACCACAUUUCCAUGUUCUUCUACUUGCGGGGCGACAUCUCCAAAGAAAUCUGCAAUCACGUGCUGGGGAUCAUGGCACAGAAUCCGCAAGUCCUACCGGAGAAUUACGAUCCCGUUUUCAGCAAUAUCUUGGUUCCUGCUCCAGAGCUGCCCUUCUGCCUUGGCAAGUCCAAAUGUGCCUGAGAUCCCCCUAACUGUAGCUGCUACUCCUGCCGCCAACUGUCUUGCCAGCCUGUCUGAAUCUGCCAGUCUGCAGGCAAGGUGGAAAAACCUUACCUACGAUACCAACAAGCACUGCGCCAUUUUGUGUGGCCAGAGGCAAGUUUGCCGAUACAGGUUGUACUCGACUUACGAUCAGAGGUGGUAUUCAGCCGGUUCUGACCAGUUCUGGAGAACCGGUAAUAGAAAUAUUGAGUAGUUUGGAGAAC